ACACCUGCGCGAUGCAAGCAAUAUUUAGUUAUGUUUCGGCCACGUUGCUGUACAGUAUCGAAACGUAAUGUGCAAAUACGAAGCACUUGUGUUAUUCAAUAAAACACCAUAUCAAUAUGGAGCCAGAGUUUAAUUCAAUAGACCCGGAACCAAGGAACGGUGGUAUUUUUACUUUUACAAAAGGUGAAGAAAUUAUAGACUUCGUUCGUGAAGUGAAAAAAAGGCCGUGUUUAUAUGAUAAUACACUGAAAGAGUAUUCAAAUGCGGCAUAUACAAAGCCGGCUUGGAGGGAAAUAGCUUCAAAGUUGAAUACCACAGCAACCGAUUGCAAAGAGAAAUGGAGGAAAAUCCGCGUCGCGUUCAUGAGAUCUGUCAAACAGUUUCAGAGCAACAACCCACCAAAUCGACCAUACUGGUUGGCUGACCAUUUGCAAUUCCUUAUACCAUUCAUGCAUAUGUACAUGAAAUCGGGAGAUAAAUCGAAAAAUACGAAGCGCAGAUCUGAUUUGAUAGACAUGGAGACUAUAGUGAUCAAACAAGAGGAUGAUAGUGAUUUGGAAGCUGUGGAUGAUGGUAUAGAAGAUAGAGUUGAUUAUGUUAAAGAUAAAACCGGAAAUGGUGAAGUUAGUGGUGGUGUUGUAGAUAUUUUUAAUUCAUCAGAGUGUAAUAUGACCGCACCUCAUAGAGGAUUUAAAAGGCAUCAUGAGUUUGGAGAAUACAGUGCUAGGAAAAUGUUCCUUUUAAGUUUACUACCAGAGAUAGAAUCGUUUAAUCAGCAAGAAAUGAGGUUAUUUAGAAGACAUAUAGUUAAUGUAGUAGACAAUAUUUUAACUAGACGAGACGACAAUAGUUGAUAAGUUAUCAACUAUUAAGUAAUUUAUUUAAAUUAAAACUGUUUCAAACUUUAUAGUACAUAGUUGUUUAUAAUUGUACACAUUAUAGUUAGCCCCGGUAGUCUAGCUAUUUAGCACACCGCCAUAUUUCCGACUUUCCUGGGUUCGAUUCUUCGAACAAUACAAGUAUUUGUAAUCAUGAGUAUGAUUGUUUAUGUUUGGGUGUAUUCUAUGUAAU